GAAGCACCAUAGCCUCGCACGAGAUCGUCGAUUUCUGUUUUUGUUCCUUCCAGAGAGACUAACGAGUUUUUACUCUUCGUCAAGCUCGGACUCCAUGAACAGAUCUUAUUAAAACCUUCAAAUCUCAUGAAACGUAUUUCGUCAUCGAAUCGAACACGGAGCGAUACAGAUUUCAAAUUUCGAUGUUUUUGCGAUAGAUUAAUUAGAGAAAUAUGGACGUGGAGAAAUCGUCGCUGUGUAAUUGCGUAGUAAACUUCUUAUUGGAAGAGAAUUACUUGUUAUCGGCGUUUGAGCUGCUUCACGAGCUUCUCGACGAUGGCCGUGACGAUCAAGCUAUUCGCCUCAAGGAAUUCUUCGCCGACCCCGUUCAGUUUCCGCCAGAUCAGAUCUCCCGGUUUAAUUCUCUUCGAGUUGCCGACCCACAGAGUUUGCUAGAGGAAAAAGAAGCACUAGCGGAGAAACUAGCAAUCAGAGACUAUGAGAACCGUUUGGCUCAAGAAGACAUUCUGAAGCUGAAGACUGAGUUGCAAAAGAAAUGUGAGGCCAGAACGGACGAACCAAGUGAUGCUAACGCAAAAGAUGGAGCCGAUGUUCAACAAAGCAGGGAGACGACAUUCUCUGAUUUGGGUCCCUUAAAGGCAAAGGAGCGCCAAGACCUGAACUGUGCUGUAAAGGAAUAUCUGCUCUUAGCAGGAUACCGUUUGACUGCCAUGACCUUUUAUGAAGAGGUUAGUGACCAGAAUCUAGAUGAGUGGCAGAACUCAUUUGCAUCUGUGCCAGAUGCCUUGCGCCAUUACUAUUAUCAGUACCUAUCUUCCACUACGGAAGCAGCUGAGGAGAAGUUUUCCAUGCUUAAGAAGAAUGAAUCAUUGCUGAAGGAAAAUGAUAAGCUCAAACAUGAAAAGCAGUCCUUGUUGAGAAGCAGAGAUUUGGCUGAUGCUCAGGCUGUGGCUUUAAAGAAGUCAUUGGAGAGUUUACAGAGGGAUAUCAAGGAGAAAGAGAAUCUGGUUCAAGAUCUAAAGCAGUCACUAGAACAGCGGAAAAAAGAAUUGAAUGGCUGCAAAGCUGAAAUAAGUUCACUUAAAAUGCACAUGGAAAGAGCUCGACCAACAGAAGAUACAGCAUCUGGUGGUGUAGAAGAGGGGCAAGCACCAUCCCUCGAAAGCUACAAGGAAGAAAUAGAAUCACUGCAGAAGGAGAUUGAGAGGCUGAAUGCUAUCAAAUCAACUGAUGCGGAACCUGUAGGAUCCAUAAAUAGCGUGGAAGAUAUAACUGAUAGAAAAGAUGAAGUAAUAAAAUUAUGUGAAAAUGAUAUGGUACCACUAUUGAGUGGUAGUCCUUCUGGAAAUUUAGAAAGUGUGGGGUCUGAGAACGUGACAAUUCAGAACAUAGACAGUAUUGCUGAUAAACAUGAAGAAUUUUCCAAAUCAGAUGAUAACUAUGUUACUGAUGUAGCUGAGAAUUCCCCCAAAGAGAAUGUUGUGCCUGUCGUAACUGAUAAUGGAUCGCUUCCAGAGUCAACUAGUCCUGUUGUUGAACAUUUUUCUGAGAAGCAGGGUCCUGGAACAAUUCAGAUUCUUUCAGAUGCGCUGCCUAAAAUUGUUCCUUAUGUGCUGAUCAAUCAUCGAGAGGAGCUUCUUCCUCUCAUGAUGUGUGCAAUUGAGCGUCAUCCAGAUAGCCACACAAGGGAUUCCUUGACUCACACAUUGUUUAACUUGAUUAAGCGCCCAGAUGAAAAACAAAGAAGGAUUAUUAUGGAUGCCUGUGUCACCCUUGCUAAGAAUGUGGGAGAGAUGCGAACAGAAACAGAGUUGCUGCCGCAGUGUUGGGAGCAAAUUAGUCACAUGUAUGAGGAGCGCAGGUUGCUUGUUGCUCAAUCAUGUGGGGAACUUGCAGAAUUUGUGCGUCCAGAGAUCCGCGACUCCCUCAUCCUAUCUAUUGUGCAACAGCUGGUAGAGGAUUCUGCACCUGUAGUUCGCGAGGCUGCUGCCCAUAAUCUGGCUUUGCUGCUUCCACUCUUCCCAAAUAUGGAUAAAUAUUUCAAGGUGGAGGAAGUGAUGUUCCAGUUAGUUAGUGAUCCAUCUGGAGUGGUUGUAGAAACAACGAUCAAAGAACUAGUUCCUGCUUUGUUGAAGUGGGGAAAGAAGUUGGAUCACCUUCUACAAGUGUUACUUUCUCACAUAUUGACCUCCAUUGAGCGUUGCCCACCUCUUUCAGGGGUUGAAGGUUCUGUGGAGUCACACUUCCGUAUUUUAGGAGAAAGAGAGCGUUGGACCGUUGAUGUUUUAAUGCGGGUACUGUUGGAAUUGCUUCCAAUUGUACACCAGAUAUCUAUUGAGACAUGUCCAUAUCCAUCUGUUUCAGAUUCCGAAGGAUCGUCAUUUUCAAUGCCAUUGCUUGAAAAAUAUGCAGAGGGAAAUGUAGAUUGGCCUAUUUUUGAGUGGCUUCGAGAUGACUGCUUUUCCAGUCUGAUUCAGAUUGUCUCUCUAUUACCAACAAAGGAAGAUGGUUUGAGAAACCGGAUCUCAAGUUUUCUGCUGGCAGUUUCUGGACGAUUUGGUGAUGAUUAUCUCACACAUGUAAUGCUGCCUAUAUUUUUGGUGGCGGUUGGCGAUAGUGCUGGUUUGGCAUGCUUCCCCCCUACAGCUCAGUCAAAAGUCCAAGGUCUAAGACCAAAAACUACUGUAGCCGAGAGAAUUGCCACCUUGUGUGUCCUACCGAUUCUUUUGGCAGGUGUCCUUGGAGCCCCUAGCAAGCAGGAACUAUUAACAGAAUACUUGAGGAAUCUCUUGGUACAAAGUGCUGCACAGGAGGGUCAGUCAGCAAUGCAUAGUGCUGAUAUUUACAACGCUGUCCGUUUCCUUUGCAUGUUUGAAGAACACCAGAAUAUGGUUUUCAGAAUCUUAUGGGAAAUGGUUGUGAGCUCCGAUAUGGAUUUAAAAAUCAAUGCUGCCAAACUUCUGAAAGUGAUUGUACCAUUUAUCGAUGCAAAAGUUGCUUCAACGCAUGUUUUGCCUGCUCUUGUAACUUUGGGGUCUGAAACAAACUUACAUGUGUUGUAUGCAAGCAUCGAUGCCUUUGGAACUGUGGCUCAGAACUUCAAAAAUGAUGUGAUUGUUGACAAAAUACGGGUUCAAAUGGAUGCUUUUCUUGAAGAUGGAUCUCAUGAAGCUAUGAUUGCCGUUAUUCGUGCAUUAGUGGUGGCUGUACCACACACAACGGAGAGCCUAAGAGAUUAUUUGUUAUCAAAGAUAUUUCAUCUUUCUACAACUCCACUGCCUACAAGCAACAUGGUGCAUCGCCGUGAGAGAUCCAAUGCAUUUUGCGAAGCAAUCCGUGCUCUCGAUGCUACAGAUAUUUCAGCUGCGAGUGUCCGGGAUCUGCUCAUGCCAACAAUUCAAAACCUAUUAAAAGAUACAGAUGCACUCGAUCCAGCACACAAGGAGGCUCUUGAAAUCAUAGUCAAGGAGAGGUCCGGUGGAGCUUUCGACACUUUCAGCAAGGUAAUGGGCAGCCAGUUUGGGCUGCCGUCCUCCAUGACCAGUUUCUUUAGUGAAGGUGGGCUGCUCGGAAAGAAGGAUUCGAUCGAAAUACCGCCACCGCCACCCCCCGAUCUUGGCAUUCGUCCCAAACUUACCAUCACUCCACCAUCACCAGCCGAAGACACAAGAUUCCGGAGAAUCAUGAGAGGUGGUUUUACUGACAUGCUGAGGGGAAAAAACAAAAGCAGCGAAGAACUUUCGCCAACUCUUUAAGUUUUGUUUUCGUUUCCUUGUAAACCCCAGAGACCACAUAAGUUUUGUUAUUUUUCUACUUCUAUUCUUUUUAACGUUAGAUUGAUUAAUUUCGUUUCUA